UAUUUUUUAUAUUUUUACGUGUUUUGUUUGUGAAGCGCCUCGGGAUGUUUAUAGAAAAGAACUUUUUUCUUCUUCCUCCUCUAAGCUAAGCUAGCUCCUAGCUUAGCCUGCAUGUGGUGACGGACGCUUCCACUCACCUUAAACACAAGAAAACGUUCACUUUGCUGUCGAACUCAACUCGACAAUCAAAUUUAGUUUUGAAAGUUCAGAAGGGACAGACUUGGACACCAAAUGAGCUAACUCCGCUCGUCCUCCAUCUUGGACGCCAUCGAACAGCAGGGGGCGCUGUUUCAGCCCGAGUGCGGCGCUUCUCGGACCGUUGCUCCGACACACCUUCCCCGACACGCCUCCACCUGGGGCGGUCUGGUCAGCCAGCCUGAUGUUUCCUCUGGAACCGCCUGCAGCGGCUCUGGUCUGGUUCGUGACUGGUUCUGUUUCUCAGAACCGCGAACCGAGCUCCGAGGUGAGGAGAACCCCGAGAGGAGCGGCUGGAAGUCCCACCUUCAUCAGCGGAAAUGCGACGACAUUCCAAAAAGAAGAAAGUGGCUGUGGUGGCUCUGCUCGUCCUCUGUGGAUUGUACUUUUUAAAUUACUCAGGAUUUGUUCAAAUGGGCCCGGCCAGCUGGCUGAAGUCCACUCCUAGAGCGUUGACCUGGCAGGUGGAGAGGCUGGUCAGUAGAGAGUCUUGGGUGGAGCGGGGAGACUUUCUGCUCCUCAAUGUGACUUAUCAGCUGCUGGCCGGAGCCCCGCCCACCCAGCAGAAGUUUUUGUCCGUUGGGUUGUCCUCGGUGAAGAGGACCAAGGGCAGCUAUCUCGUCCCCACGCUGCAAUCCCUCUUUUCCCAGUCGUCUCCUGAAGAGCGCUCCUCCAUGGUGGUGGUGGUUCUGCUUGCCGACUCUGACGCCAUCUGGACCAUCAACACGGUGACGGAGAUGAAAGUGGCGUUUUCCUCGGAGCUGAAACGGGGCCAGCUGGUGGUGAUCCAUGUUCCUCUGGAUCAGUACCCGCCUCUCACAGGUCUGAAGAGGAACUACAAUGAUCCACCUGAUCGGGUAACGUUCCGCUCCAAGCAGAACCUGGACUACUCCUUCCUUAUCCACUACUCUGCAGGUCUGGGUCAGUACUAUCUCCAGCUGGAGGACGAUGUCCUCUCCGCAAAGAACUUCCUGACGACCAUUAGGAGACGCGUGGAGGAGCAGAAUUCCAAGAGGGGAACCUGGGCGAUGCUGGAGUUCUCCACCCUCGGCUACAUUGGGAAGCUCUACAAGUCGGCCCACCUUCCUCUUCUGGCCCGUUUUCUCUUCCUGUUCUACCAGGAGAUGCCGUGUGAUUGGCUGAUGGGUCACUUCAGAGAGCUGAUGACUCAAAGAGAGCCCAUCAUCUUUAAACCCUCAUUGUUCCAACACAUGGGCAUGUUUUCAUCGUUCCGGGGAACAUACAACAAGCUGAAGGACAAGAACUUUGAGGAAGGGGUCUACAACAACCCUUCCGCUGACGUUUACUCCAACAUGUCCACCUACCAGAAGAACUUCCCCAAACUGGCCUGGGAAGCUGGGGAGGGAUUCUUCUGGGGACGCUCCCCAGAAAAAGGAAGCCAUCUGACGGUGGUGUUCCUAACAGCCACGGUGGUGACUGGGAUACUGGUGGAAACAGGAUCAGGGGGGAAAGACCUCCUGUACUCGGCUCAGGUGGAACUAGGCCAAGAUGUAGUGUCCUCCAAAGAAGAGAAGACGUGUAAGGAGUUCCGGUCAGUGGGAGCACUUGAAAACGGAAGAUUUGAGAUGUCCGAGGUGGACAAGAAGGUCAGAUCUGCCUCCUGGUGUCUGAGGGUUCUGGUCACAGAAGCUCAGAAGGACUGGGUGAUCAUUCAGAAGGUCAGGAUCACAACAAAACCCUCCUGACACCAAACAGCUGUGGGUUUCCCUCCCGCCCUGAAGGGUGAUGACCUCCUCCACCUGCUGAAGCUCUUGUGCGAACGAGAGCGGGUUUUCUUUGUGCCUCGUCGAACUGUUUCAGUUCUGAAACCCAAACCAGCCUCCGUGAAGCUGCUCUCAGCCAGAAGAUGAUCAUCAUCAUCAUCAUAAUCUGUGUGGCCGUGUUGUCUUUUGCACAGCAAAGAUCUUUGUUCGCUCUGCCAGAAACGAGAAACCAAAUUUUAUUUAUUAUUAUUUUCAGUAAUAAAAAACAACAAAGUGUGAAAAGAACAUCAAAGAAAACAUUAAACAGCGUUUAGAGAAAAGCUGAAACACGCAGGAGUAAUUAAAUCAGGCAUUACCAGUAGAGCCAGCUCCUCGGUGCGUAAGCGUCCAGAGAACUAAAGGGGUCCGAGGGCUGAACCCUGAGGAACCCCUCCAUCACUCAGGAAUGACCAGAACCGACGCAGCACCACAGCUUUCAAUCCCAGCACAAUGCUGCCGACCAGGGGAGACCAGGCACCUUUUGGAUUAAAUGGAUUAAAGAGCACAGGGAUUAAAAUGAUCUGUGGAAAAAUA